AUGAGUUCAGGAACGCUCAGCUGUUCAGACCUCUGCUCGAUAGUCGAAGGCCAUUUCUCAGCCGCCGCAAGCCUCUACAGCUCCAAAAACAGCAGCGAGACAGAGCUAAGCGAACUUGUUCAGCGCGAACAGGAGCGCUUUCUCUGCUGGGCUGUGGAGUUUGAGGAGAGCGAUGUGCUAGAAGGGUACUUCCGGUAUGACAAACCGGCGCUGGUGUCAAUCCGGAUGACGCUGGAGAACCUUGGAGUGGCGUUAGCGACGUUGGGUAAACUCUCGAGAAGGGGAAUCAUUAAAGGGCUUUGUAGCAAGCUAAACCCGUUCUCAAGGUCCGAUAAGGCUAAUAUUCAGACUCUGGUCGAGGAUAUUGUCUCUGAGAACUCCAUGCUGCAAUGUCUAGGUGGGACGGCAAAGAAAAGGGCAGAUUUUGCAGCGGGGCUUGCAAAGGAGGCUGCAGUAGAAGUUAAGGUGGAAGAAGUGCCAGUAGAGACAGAUGCUGCUCCAAGGAACCUUACAAAGGGACUUGACGAAGUCGUGGUGGGAGAAGUACCAGUAGAGACACAUGCUGCCCCAAAGGGUCUUACAAAGGGAUUUAGCAAUGUCACGGUGGAGGAAGUACAGGCGGAUGAGAUCUGUCUGAUGGAAUGA